AUGUACUUGAGUACAGAUCUCCCAGCACUCAUAUGCCAUCUUUCUGCAUAUCUAGCCAUAAUCUUUUAUCACACCCAGCAACAAGUUCGAAUCUACAGCAAGACAUUCUCCAAGCACAAGGCAUAUCUCUAUCUACACAUUGUCACUGGUUUGACAGAGUUAGCCCGGUAUCAUGUCAUCAAAGUCCGAUUCAAUCGUGAAAAAAUCCUCCCCGAGCCUAUAGACGUACUCUCCUGUUUCAUAUGGGGCUGCACCAGCCUAUAUCUCGUGAAAUCACUUCGUCGGGGCGAUCCACUCACGACUAGGCCACCUUACCAAACUGGUGCAAUUUUGCGCCCUGUCAUUUCCAUCGCAUCAUACCUGCUACAGUCUCCCGACUUGCAUAAAGUGUCUAUCUCUGCGCUCGACAGUUUUCUUUAUGCCCGAUUAGGGAUAUUUUUCUUUUAUUAUACCCCCUAUCUACGCGGAUACUCGACCAGCACUAUGUACUCUAUCUCUGUUCCCCUUUCAGCUGUCAUCGCCAUUCAUGAAAGUGGUGUUCGCGGGGCCUCCGUGGUAUUUAUCCUUGCUAUGGCGGGUGUUGCAAAAUUGAAUGAGUGGGUUUCAUAUCGAUCAAGAGUUCUAGAGGGAAGAGCUGUGCCCAAGUCUUUCAUCGAGCUCCUUGAAAAACAGGUGAUCGCAGCGCUGCUCUAUCUUGGAUUCGCCGAUCUAGACAGAUUGCGAGAAGUCGCUAAAAAUGAGGCACUGACGAAGCCUCUCGUCGAUGAAUAUGUUCCUGCAGUGGAGGCUGAGAUCCAACUUUGA